CAAACAAAGUGCUCAAAUUACUUCAGUGUGUCCAAGCCCACUUGGCUGGAAUCCUUAUCCGUCCGUGUUUUUCCCUCAAUCUCUCCAAAGCUUACAAAUACAACCUGUUGUACUUUCUGUUGGUGGAUUUAUUCUAUGCAGCUCAGAGACUACUUUGUUUUUUUAACACCGACUGUUAACUUUACAGCCGCUGCCUUGUAUCUCUAACCACUUCCUUAGGGUUGGUCAGCUACAUGUUGUUUCAUGCAGCACAAAGAGCUACGAGCCAGACAAACAGGUACCAUGAAGCCGGAGCAGCGUCUCUCUGUUUGCGUGCUGCUGCUACUUUGUGCGACAUGGAGCGCAAAUGGAGGGAACAUUUUGGUGUGGUACACUGAUGGCAGCCACUGGAUUAACAUGAAGCCUGUGCUGGAGACGCUGAUCGACAGAGGACACCAGGUGAAGGUUCUGGUCCCGAGCACGUCGAUGUUCAUGAACGCCAGUGAGCCUUCUCGCUUUGGCUACGAACCCUUCAAUGUCUCCUUUUCUAAGCAGAACGUGGAGGACUUUUUGGAGGAGUUCCUUCACUUCUCUAUAUAUGACAUGCAUCAUAUGAACUACUUGCAGAUUUACAUCAGAUUCAUUGAUCUGAUGAAGCGCAAUCUGCAGAACACUUUGAAGUUUUUGGACGGUGUGCUGAAAUCAGAAACCAUCAUGAAGAAGCUGAGGGAGGGAAACUAUGACCUUCUCCUGGCUGACCCCAUCUUCCCCGGCGGUGACUUAGUAGCAGAUAUUUUGGGCAUCCCCCUGGUCUUCUCCCUGCGCUUUUCCCUAGCCCAUAACUUCGAGAGACAGUGUGCUCAGCUCCCUGCUCCACCUUCCUUUGUCCCCGGUGCUACAAGCAAACUGACCGACAAGAUGGACUUCUCAGAGAGAGUGUAUAACUUCCUCUUCUACGCACUGCAGGACAUUGUUCAAAAUAAUUUGUGGAAAGAACUCGAUGAAUAUUACUCUGAAGUCAAAGGAACACCCACCAGUGCCUGCGGGAUGAUGGGUAGAGCAGAUAUCUGGUUGAUGCGAACCUACUGGGAUUUUGAUUUCCCUCGUCCUUUCCUCCCCAACUUCAAGUUUGUUGGCGGGAUCCACUGCAGACCUGCUAAACCUUUACCAGAGGAUAUGGAGGAGUUUGUGCAGAGUUCUGGAGACGCUGGCAUCGUGAUCUUCACUUUGGGAUCAUUCAUCAAGAACAUUACUGCAGAGAAGGGAAACAUGAUAGCCUCAGCCCUCGCUGAGAUCCCACAAAAGGUGCUGUGGAAAUACAGCGGAGAAAAACCAGCGACUCUGGGUGCCAACACCAAACUAUACAACUGGAUCCCUCAGAAUGACCUACUGGGUCACCCCAAGACCAGAGCUUUCAUCACCCAUGGUGGCGCAAAUGGGAUUUAUGAAGCCAUCUACCAUGGCGUUCCCAUGGUGGGCAUCCCCAUGUUCGCUGACCAGCCAGACAACAUGGUCCAUAUUAAGGCUAAGGGCGCUGCGGUUACUGUAGACUUGAACUUCAUGAAGACUGAGGACCUUAGAGAUGCAGUCGAUGCUGUCAUCAAUGAGAAAUCGUACAAGGAGAAUGCCAUGAGGCUGUCCAGUAUCUACCACGACAGACCAAUGAGUCCUCGGGAUGAGGCGGUAUUCUGGAUCGAGUUCACUAUGAGAAACAAAGGAGCCGAGCACCUGAGGGUCCAGGCCCAUGAGCUCACCUGGUACCAGUAUCACAGCCUGGAUGUCCUGGCCUUCCUCCUCGCCAUCGUUCUGUUCUUCAUACUCCUCUUCAUCAAGACCUGCAGUUUCUGCUUCCGGAGGUGCUGUGGCAGAAAGGGAAAGACGAAGAGAAAGGCAGAGUAACUGACUGGAUUGAAAUGUAGCUGGUGAAGAACUGAGGAUGAAAAAAUAACCUGGUUGUUCAGCGGUUUUCUUGUUCGUUCUAAAUCAUGUAACGUAACCACGAUGCCUUAGAUUGUGAUGUGUAGUUUAGCACCAGAAAUCAACACAACGUUGAAACAAUUAAGGUAAAAAAUGUAAUCAAAAAGCAUCACUUUACAGUGCCCAGUAUUCUUUUGAAACUCCAAACUAUUUUGUUGUACUAUUUGUAUCACCGUUUCUUUCCCACCAUAACCUCAAUCGGACUAGCCUGGAAACUAGUAGAAACAUUGUUAUCCUUCAUAAUAUAUGUGGACAUUCUUAUUGUUUGCUCCUCUGUGUAUCAACAGUAAUUACGCACAAACCCAUCCAGGCUGAGGGAAUCAAGGACUUGCAACUGGUGAAGACAAGACAAAAAUAUAUAAAAUGUUUUUAUUAAAUCAGACAUGUACCUGCCAUUUGAGGAGGUAUUAGGAGAAAAAUAAAGUUAUUGAAUAAUCUC